AUGUCGACCGGGGUGCAGCCGGAUAUUCUUCUUCCUCUUCUUCGUCAGGGGUGAUGGGAAUGCGACGGAGGGACUGAACAACGGAGAUCGUUCAGUUGGGCGACGACGAUCUACUGAUACGACCGAAGCAAGAUGGAUGGAAUAACCUCCCUCUACAGACAUAGUAAGAUGAAGAAUCCGACGCCUGAAGAUCGAUAAAAUCGAGAGAGAGAGAGAGAGAGAGAGAGAGAGAGAGAAGUAGCUGGUUGGAUCUUCAGAGAAUGAAUUUCUCGGGAGGCCUUAUAGAACCGUCCGCACUGAUAUUACACAACGCACUCGUCCAUGACAUCCCAUCCCGAAGAUCUACCCUUCUGGGAGGAUGCUGGAGAAAAAAGGAGGGCCAGGUGAAAUACGGCGGAAAACAGGGCGAGAAGUGGCUCCGCCCUGUGAAUGUUCACACAUGAAGAGGGCCGUUCUAGAGAGAAAGAGAGAGAGGGGUCAGCCACAGAUGGGCUUCUGCGUUUGUCGACGGAAGCGGUCCAUCACGUCAGCCUCUGCGGAGCAGCUGCCGUACACUUCCUUGCCCUUUCUCUUCUUCUUUUUCUCUUUCUCGACGACCUCUAGGAUGCUCUCAAACAAGGACGCCGCGCAGGGUAUCCUCAGCACGCCUUCGUGCUGGAAGCCGAACUCCUCCUCGGCCUCCUUGAGAAGAGAGAGGAAGGCCCUGUGGCCCAGGUGA